CCUUUCCUUUUUUCUUCUUUUUAUUGUUUUGUCCCUUUGUAUAAACAUAUGAAAACCUGAGGAAGAUUCAGAGAAUAGUCUGUUCACGAAAGAGCCAGAGAGAGAGAGAGAGAAAGAGAUCCACUUUGGGUUUCAAUGGAGUUUUCUGAGUAGUCUCUCUCUUCUUUCGUGUUUCAAGAAAAGAUCGCAUCACCGACUGAAAGACUCCGCUUGUUUGGUUGGAAUCAGUAAAGGGAGUCCGAGAAAUUCUUUGUUUUUGUUUCUGGAGUUUGCAAUUCAAGACCUGGAUAAAUGGCUGGAUCAGACGAGAACAAUCCGGGCAUUAUCGGACAGGCGAAUUUUCAAGGUGGAUUUCGUGCUGGAGGUGGAAAAUUUGGUUUGGGCGGUGGACACAAUCGGCGAGCUUUGAGCAGCAUUGACCGGAAUAUAAUAGAAGCUCCUCCUUACCCUUAUGCAAUCAACAAAAAUGUCUUUUCAGAAAAACAUGCAGAUCGCAAUAAGAAACCCCCAAUUCCGGCACACCGACCAAUUACGAGAAAAUUUGCUGCCCAGAUGUCCAAUAAGCAGCAACUUAUACCCGAGGAAGCUAAGAAACCACUGCAGUUGGUUCCAAAUCCUAGUGAGUCUGAAGAUUAUAGCAUCAUAGAUGUGGAAGACUACAAGGAGACUGAUGAUGUGCCAAUGUUUGUGCAACACACAGAAGCAAUGCUAGAGGAGAUUGAUCGAAUGGAGGAGGUAGAAAUGGAAGACAUAGCCGAAGAGCCGGUCGUUGACAUAGACAGCUGUGAUAAGAAGAACACGCUUGCAGUUGUUGAGUAUAUUGAUGAUUUAUAUGCACACUACAAGAAAGCAGAGAGUUCUUGCUGUGUCCCACCAGCCUAUAUAGCACAACAAUCUGAUAUUAAUGAGAGAAUGAGAGCCAUUCUCAUUGAUUGGCUGAUUGAGGUGCACUACAAGUUUGAACUGAUGGAUGAGACCUUAUAUCUCACUAUAAACCUGAUUGAUAGAUUCCUAGCCGCUCAGCCCGUGGUGAGGAGGAGACUCCAGCUGGUUGGAGUAACAGCAAUGCUUCUCGCCUGCAAAUAUGAGGAAGUUUCAGUUCCUGUAGUGGAGGAUUUCAUUGUGAUUUCUGACAAGGCUUACAGCAGAAAAGAAGUACUUGAGAUGGAGAAGCUAAUGGUCAACACCCUACAAUUCAAUCUGUCAGUUCCCACGCCAUAUGUGUUUAUGAGGAGGUUUCUCAAAGCUGCUCAAGCUGACACGAAGAUUGAGUUGCUGUCAUUCUACAUGAUCGAAAUGUGCCUAGUUGAGUACGAGAUGCUCAAGUUUCCACCUUCGUUGUUGGCUGCUGCUGCAAUAUUUACAGCUCAAUGUACUCUUUGUGGGUUCCAGCAGUGGAGCAAGACCUGUGAGUGGCACAGCAACUACUCGGAGGAGCAACUGUUGGAAUGCUCAAGGUUGAUGGUUAAUUUCCAUCAGAAAUCUGGCACGGGAAAGCUCACAGGUGUUCACCGGAAGUACAGUACAUCCAAGUAUGGUUAUGCUGCAAAAACUGAUCCUGCUAACUUUCUCCUGGGGACCAGAUUCUAGCAGCAGUGGCUGGCUCAAGAAACUAACUUUUUUACAAGGCAAUUGGGGCCUGGGGGGAAUGGGGUGUAAUUGAGCAACAUAAGUUGCCCCUGGGGCUUUUGAACAUUCUCUGAUAUGGUAUUCCAAAAUUUAGGGGUCUUUUGUUCUAUGUUUUAUUUGAACAUAGAGGUAUUUCCAGCUCUCUUUUUUUUUUUUUUUUGUCUGCGGAGGAAAAUAAGUUUAAGUUCUGUUGAACUUUUUUCCUGAGCAAGUUGUGUAUCAGAACUUGUUACGGAUAUUGUUCGUUUGUAUAUGCA